AUGACAGAUGUGAUUCUCAGUCUCUCCUGGUACAAAGAAAACCGUUUAUUGUACAGCAUAAGUGAGUCUGAUCUCAACAUCAGACUCUCUCUACCUCUUGUGGUUGAUUAUCAGAAUAACAACACAUACAGAUGUGUGGUGAACAAUCCUCUCAUAAACCAAACUCAACAUCUCAACAUCACUCAUCUCUGUCAGCCGUGUUCAGACUCUGUCAAUUCUUGUGCUACGACUGAAGCUGUGAUCCGAUUGGUCGUCUCUGCUCUGAUGGGCGUGGCUGCUGUAGCUGCUUCUGUUGUUUUGAUUUAUGACAUCAGGGGCCCGUACCAUGAAAAUGGUGUGUUUGGUUUUAAAGUGAAGUCAGUGAUGGAGGGAGAUUCUGUUACUCUACACGCUGAUAUUACUGAAAUACAGAGAGCUGAUCUGAUAGAGUGGAGGUGUGUAAAUCAAGGGUUUCACAGUUACAUAGCUAGAAUCAAUAGAUCGCCUAGCAGCACAUCAAUAUAUGAUGAUGUUCUUGAUGGGAGAUUCAGAGACAGACUGCAAGUGGCUGAUCAGACUGGAGAUCUCACCAUCACAAACAUUACAACUCAUCUUUCUGGACUUUAUCAAAUGAUCAUUAUCGGCAGUGACUACAUAAAAGAGACUUCUUCCAGAUACUAUAUUACUGUCUAUACACGUCUGCCCAUUCCUGUCAUCACCUUUAACUCUUCACAAUGUCCUUCAUCAUCAUCAUCAGUCUCAAAAUGUGUGUUAUUGUGUUCAGUGUUGAAUGUGAGAGAUGUGAGUCUGUCCUGGUACAAAGGAAACAGUUUAUUGUCCAGCAUCAGUGUGUCUGAUCUCAACAUCAGACUCUCUCUACCUCUGGAGGUGGAUUAUCAGGAUACAAACACAUACAGCUGUGUGGUGAACAACCCCUUUAGAAACCAAACUCAACAUCUCAACAUCACUGAUGUCUGUCAGCCGUGUUCAGAUUGUGUCAGCUGUUGUGAUACUACUGAAGCUGUGAUCCGAUUGGUCGCCUCUGCUCUGGUGGGCGUGGCUACUGUAGCUGUUCUGAUUUUUGACAUCAGAUCCAGAAGAGCUGAACAGGAGAGAAACACAAACUUCAUCUAG